AAGGCAAAGCCGACUUCCUAGGGCGCUGGCGCUAAGAGACGUCACCCCCGCGCAUAACUGACAUGGCGCCCUCUCAGUCGGCGUUUCCGGGCGGGUCCUUCCGACGGCCCCCGCGGUGAUUCCAUCACUCGGCUUCCUUCCCGGCCUGCCUCGCGCCCGCAGCCGGGCUGGGCCAGAACAGCCCAAGAUGGCCGACUUCGAUGAUCGUGUGUCGGAUGAGGAGAAGGUACGCAUAGCUGCUAAGUUCAUCACUCAUGCACCCCCAGGGGAAUUUAAUGAAGUAUUUAAUGAUGUUCGGCUACUGCUUAAUAAUGACAAUCUCCUCAGGGAAGGGGCAGCACAUGCAUUUGCGCAGUAUAACAUGGAUCAGUUCACGCCUGUGAAGACAGAAGGAUAUGAAGAUCAGGUCUUAAUUACAGAGCAUGGUGACCUGGGUAAUAGCAGAUUUUUAGAUCCAAGAAACAAAAUUUCAUUUAAAUUUGAUCACCUACGGAAAGAAGCAAGUGACCCCCAGCCAGAAGAAGUUGAUGGAGGUUUGAAGUCUUGGAGAGAAUCCUGUGACAGUGCUUUAAGAGCCUAUGUGAAAGACCAUUAUUCCAACGGCUUCUGUACUGUUUAUGCUAAAACUAUUGAUGGGCAACAGACUAUUAUUGCAUGUAUUGAAAGCCACCAGUUUCAGCCUAAAAACUUCUGGAAUGGUCGUUGGAGAUCAGAGUGGAAGUUCACCAUCACACCACCUACAGCCCAGGUGGUUGGAGUGCUUAAGAUUCAGGUUCACUAUUAUGAAGAUGGCAAUGUUCAGUUGGUUAGUCAUAAAGAUGUACAGGAUUCACUAACCGUUUCGAAUGAAGCCCAAACUGCCAAGGAGUUUAUUAAAAUCAUAGAGAAUGCAGAAAACGAGUAUCAGACAGCAAUUAGUGAAAACUAUCAAACAAUGUCAGAUACCACAUUCAAGGCCUUGCGCCGGCAGCUUCCAGUUACCCGCACCAAAAUCGACUGGAACAAGAUACUCAGCUACAAGAUUGGCAAAGAAAUGCAGAAUGCUUAAAGGCUGAAUGUAGAAUUCUCCAGUAUGUGGAAAGACAAGGAUUCAACAUGUGGUCAUAUGAUAAAUAAGUGAUUUAUAAACAAGAGUGAUAUUUUGCUAGGGCUUUCAAAGUUAACCAGUUUUCUAGCCUCAUGGAAUACUGUUGAACCUAUAGCAUUGUCUUGAUUCUUUUGUGUUCUCUGCCUUGUAAUUUUCUGUUAUUGCUAUAUCUACGUGUAAAUUUUUUUUUUUUUUUUUUGUUAAUUCUGCCACAUUUAAUGUUGGAGAGAGAAAGAUCUAUCCUAGAGACAUUUUACUGUUUAAAAAAGUUUCCUAGCCACAAAGCCCUGCUACUGAUUUAGACAAGGUAUUACGGUCAUUACUUUCUACCCCUAUCCUUCCAAGCUCCAAGCACUUCUGGUACUUCAGUGGUUUUUACUGAUCCACCAACACCUAAAAAGACUAUGCUACAAUCUAUAGCUAAAUGGAAGACACAUUCAUCCUUCUCCCUCUGACUGCUUUGAUCAUCAUUUAUUGCAUCUCAUAACUGUAAUUUUCCAAAGUUUGGAUUGGGACUUUUCAGGUCCUUUUUGGAGGGCAAAGGAAGUGCCAGCUUCUCUGGGGAACUUGUUUUUAAAUCCAAAGACUUGAACCACAUUCCCUGCACAGAACGUGUUUGCUUUUAUCCCUUCUUCCAUUGUCUCCUUCCCAUUUUAGUACCAUUGUAGUUAUAGACAUCUGCAUUUUUAGAAGGGUUUUACCCAUUUAUUUUUUUUAAACAUUCAAGAACUGCUGACAUACUGUGGAUAUAGAGUAUAAAACUUGAAAAAUGCAGAUGUUGAAGGAAUAAUAGGUAUCUUGUGCUUUAAUACUUUAUGGCAGGAUUGUACUAUAAGCAAAUGAAUUAAACAGCUAUGUAAAUCACAAACAAAAAGUAAAAAUGAACCAAAGUGAAAAGGAUAACUUCCAGGCAGUAUCUUUCUAUUGUAACCUGUUAUUUAAGGAAAUACUAGUGAUUUAUUCUAAAUAGGAUGUAAAACUUAUUUCAAAUUACUCUUCCUCUGUCCUACCUGCCAAGAACUCAAGUGUAACUGUGAUAAAAUAACCUUUCCCAGGUAUAUUGGCAGGUAUGUGUGUAAUGUCAGAAUACACAGGUGACAUAGAUAUGAUAUGACAACUGGUAAUGGUGGAUUCAUUUACAUUGUUUACACUUCUAUGACCAGGCCUUAAGGGAAGGUCAGUUUUUUAAAAAAUCAAGUAGUGUCUUCCUACCUAUCUCCAGAUACAUGUCAAAAAAGAAGGGUGUUUGUGCUUCAGUUUUGUUUUUGCUCAGUAAUAUAGUCAAGCAACAGUUUGUUUCUAAGUGACCCAUUGAGCUGUGUAUGCAUUUUUAUUUCAAAUAAAAUAUAUUUGUAUUAUUUGUCAUUCAUACUAUCCAUCCAUACCACACUAUCUUCUGUAUCAGAUAGUCUAAUAGAAAUAUACCUGUUUUGUUCUAAAAUUGUCUGAGUUUCUCCUUUUUGAUUCAUCGCUUCAGCCUUUGUUCUCAAGGUAAGAUAUUCAGCUGUAUUUGAUCUUAUUUGUUGAGAAUGAUUAGGGUUUCUGAAAUUGGUUUCUACCUUCAACUUUUAUAGACUCAGUGAAUAUCCAAAGAUUUGUAAAGAACAGCUCAUUUAAGCGUGAGCAAUAUCUAUGGAUCAUGCUGCUCUUCACUCAGAGACUACCCGUUUUUCAAAGGGAAAAAUGUAGUUGUCUUCUGUACCUGUCAUUCAGAAAGCAAGGCCUAAGUAUGGUCGUAGUCACUAGGCAGAGGUAGAAAUGAAAGAAUCCCUGCCUUAAACUUGCUAAUAUUUCACGUUGGGUUAUCUCGAAAUGCUGCUUUCCUCCUCUUAGCUGGCCUAGCUACAGACUUGCGGGAGAGGCUUUUUUUUAUCCUAGUUCCCAAAAAGGAACCAGAGGGAGUUUUAUGCUUCCUGUACUCCAUCCAAGGCCAGUUCAAAUUCCCACCUUUUUGAGAAACAUUUAGCUACAUUCCAUUCUCCUUGUAAUGCAAAUAGAUUCAAACAUUCUUGCCUUUAAUUUAUUAACUCUCUCAUCUUACCCCCAGGCUAUCCCAUUGAUUCCUUAGCUUAGACUU